AUGGAGAAAGAGUUAUUUAUGUUUCUCUUAAUCAUAAAAUUCUGUCCCAAAAUUUUAAAUUCUGCUAAUAUUAUUACCACUCUGAAUAGCUCAUCUCCAAAGAGGAAAGGUCAUGUCAAUGCUGAGAAGAUAGCUGUUUUAAAUGCAUGGCAUCGAGUCGAUUGUAGAACAAGAGAGGCACUUCGCCGUAGCUUUCUUUCAGAACUGAUUGAGGGCUAUGAGGAUUGCAUACGGACCUUCAUUAAGGAGAGUGGAGAUGGAGAUGUGCUUGUGCUAAAGGUUCAAGAUUCUUUUCAUAGGUUGUUUCUGCAUGGUGUCUGUGAGUUCUACAAUUUGGUCUCAAUAACAGUUACAGAAUCGAAGGAUUCGGAUUCAAUGAAGUUGACAAAUAUAAAAAAGAAGAAAAGGGUUUCGCCCGAGCUCCCAAACAUUACCCUGUCCCAUUUUCUGAAAAUGUCCAAGGAAGGAAUCUGGUAAAAGUUUCGCUGGCCAGGGUUCUCUCCUAUUCAUGAUGGAUAUAAAUAAGGUUGUGUAUAAUAAUAUGAUUUAAAAAUAUCAGCUUUUCAUUCAAAGUUAAUAUUACGUUACUAUCCAAAGCCUAUUCUGGCGGCUAAAAUUCUCUAUGUUAUUACCAUUUGAACCUCCAAUCUCCUCUC